AUGUCCAAUUCAACAGGUGGUCUUUUAGGGGGAAUGUCCAACUCCUCUCAGAGCUCCGAAAACAACACAGUAACAACGCGAGAACCACUGACAACGGACAAAAUUAUCAUAUGUGUUGUUUUCUACAUCAUAGUGUUCGUCACAAUCUUUGGCAAUGUUUUGGUGCUGUUGGCAAUCAAGGUAGAGAAGCGCUUGCAGACCCUGUUCAAUUAUUACAUCAUCAACCUGGCGGUGACGGACAUCGCUGUAGCGGUUACGGCCAUGUCGUUUUACACGCUGGACGUCACCCUGGGGUACUGGCCGUUCGGGGAGAUCAUGUGUGCCAUCUGGAUCUUUUGUGACUACGGCAUGACAUUCGCGUCCGUGUUCACCCUCAUCGCUAUCUCUCUGGACCGUUUCUGGUCUGUGACAUGGAGUCUUCAUUACCGGACUCACCACACCCGCAAAAAGUGCCUUAUAAUCAUCGCUGUUAUAUGGUUGUUCAUGGUGAUUCUAUGGCUCCCGCCCUGUGUGCUGGACCGGAUACAAAACAGCCAACCGGAAGUUUGUAUUUGGGAACCGUCCCUGAACAGAGAGUUCGUCAUCGUUAUCGCCGCCGUCGGUCAUCACGGAGCCUUUCUCCUCCUUAUGUUUUGCUACAUCCGGGUUCUGCUGUUCAUGCGCAAACGCCAAGUCAACCCUGUCAUCCCGCGCAACAAAAACAUAUCGGCCAGUCCAAGCGUGAGCGGUGUAGAAGACUCGGUGGUGGCAGCGACGUCGUUGUCGGUUGUAGCGUCAGAUACUAAAUCCAACAACCUACUGCAACCGCCGAAGAGCGGAAACGGACAAAGCAGCGCAAAGGCGCAGUCAUCAGAAAAUUCCUCUGGGAUUAACAAGGAACGUAAAGUCUUCGUUACCUUGACCUAUAUAAUAGUUGGCUAUGUCAUGUGUUGGCUUCCGUUUCACAUUGUUUUCGAUGUCAGCUCGAUCGCGCCGGAGAAGGUGCCCAACACCGUUUACACAAUAACGUUUUGGAUGACCUACUUGAACUCCACGAUCAAUCCCUUCCUGUAUAAUUUCAGCAGCAAGGAAUUCCGUCAGGCCUUUAAGAAGAUAUUAAGCUGUGCGUGGAGGACCACGUGA